AUGGCUGCAGACAAGAUCACGAUUGAACACAAUGAGGCCAGCGACGGGGGCAAUCCGCAUAGGAAGGACCCUACUACCAUCGCUGCAAAUGCUCAACUGGCCACCGAAAUAGAGCACACCAUGAGCUUCUGGAAGGCCAUCAGAAUCUACAAAAAGUCAGUCUUCUGGUCGUUCAUCUUUUCCCUCGCUAUCAUUAUGGACGGUUACGACACGGCUCUCUUGGGCUCUCUCAUGGCCUAUCCUUCAUUUCAGUCGCGUUUCGGUAAACCUGUCGGUUCCGGCUACCAGCUCGAAGCUGCUUGGCAGGUCGCCUUGACCUUGUCUAACCCGAUUGGCAACAUUUUUGGUAUAUUCAUCAAUUCAUUCAUUACCGAGAAAUUCGGUCACAAGCGAUCUUUGCAGGGAACCUUGGUCUUUCUCACGGGGGCCAUCUUCAUUCCUUUCUUUGCCCAGUCGAUUGAAGUUUUCUUUGUAGGCGAACUUCUCUGUGGCCUUUGCUGGGGUGUCUUUACCACAAUGGCUCCCGCGUAUGCUUCCGAAGUCUGUCCGGUUAUUUUGCGAAGUUAUCUCGAGACCAUGGUUGUUCUCUGUUGGGGCAUUGGCCAGUUUGUGUCUUACGGUGUGCUAGCAGGCCUAUCCGGCAGAAAACAUGACCCUUGGGGCUGGCGCAUUCCCUUGGCUGUUCAAUGGGUCUGGAUUGUGAUCAUUUUCCCUGUGGUCAUUUUUGCACCGGAGUCCCCAUGGUGGUACGUGCGCAAAGGUCGUAUCGAAGAUGCCGAGCAUACAACCAUGCGGCUAUCCGACAUGAAUUACGUCCAGGCCAAACAGAGUGUGGAUUUGAUGAUCCAGACCAACCACCUUGAAAAAUCCAUCGCCGAAGGCACCGGCGUUCUCGACUGUUUCAGGGGUACUAACCUGUGGCGCACGGAGAUCGCAUGCGUCACAUGGACUUUACAGCAGUGGACUGGCUUUGUCAUUACCGGUUAUGCCACCUACUUCUAUGAGCAGGCUGGUCUAGUAGCCACCCAGGCUUUCCACAUGAGUGUUGGCCAGGGUGGUCUACAUUUUAUCUGCACCCUCUGUGCUUUCCCUCUCACUGGUCGCGUCGGGCGCCGUCCCCUGCUGCUCUGGGGAAUGGUCGGAAUGGGCAUAAUGAUGUUCAUAAUCGGAUUCAUCUCUUUAGCUCCCUAUACUUCCGCCCAAGGCUAUGCCGAAUCCGCCAUAUAUCUGCUUUGGUUCACGAUCAUGGAGCUCUCCAUUGGGCCUGGUGCAUACAUUGUUGUUGGCGAGGUCUCCACCACCCGUCUCCGAUCCCAAACUAUUGGUUUGGCGCGCAACGCUUGUAACGUCAUCAAUAUCCUGAACAGCGUUGUUGGCCCCUAUAUUUUGAACCCUACCGAGGGAAACUGGAAGGGAAAAUGUGGAUUUUUGACGGGUGGUCUUAUUGUGUUCUGUUUCGUCUGGGUCUUCUUUCGUCUACCUGAGAUGCGUGGUCGAACGUACGAGGAGUUGGACAUCUUGUUCUCCAUGAAAAUUGGUGCCAGGGACUUCAAAAAUCAGCCCGUGGAUUUGUCCUCUCACAGAAAUGCUCCCAAGGCCAACCUAGAUGCGGAGUGA